UUUCGUAUAGCCAUGAGCCUCACAGUCAGCAACGGGUCGCCAUUGAUGCGCGCCGCAACCUCGAAGGACACGAGCCUCUUGGACGCCUCGUUCCUCGCUGCCAUUGACGACGCUGUACGGUUUGAGCCCAAGCUCCCUGCCUCGGCACUGGAGCGCGCGCUCGACCACGACACGAGCUGCAACUGCGCAGAGCACCGUCGUCACCACUACCGAGGCGACGACGCCACGUCACUGGACGAAACCAAGCGGCAGCGACGCCAGCGCGCGAUCGAGAAGCGCAACCAAAAGCGACACAUCACGCCGCAGCGGCCCGCCCUUCGCGCACCGACUGUCCUCGUCGACACUCGAAACAACCGCCUCGCAUCCGCCAAGUACCGAGCGAAUUGCCGCGAGCGCACCCACCGCGUCGACGCCACGAUCCAAGAGAUGCUAGCGCGGUACCCAACGUAUGGGAUUGACGCGUACGCGCCGACGCAGCUCAUCAAGAGCGAGAGGCGACAUGACGAGUCGUUGGACGCGUACCGGAAGCGCACGAACCGCGAAGCCGCCGACUUUUCCCGUCAAGAACAGCGGCGCAAACUGCAGUUUUACAAGCUCCAGCUCCAGCUCCUCACGACACGUAUCCUCUCGAACGAAGACGACUACUGCUAA